GAUAACAAACAUUGCAAUCCUCUGAUUUAUGUUGGCUGAUGCCUUGUGCUGUCCAACCCAAAGCGGCAACUCUGCCUCUGCUGCUGCUUCCUGGUCUGCACCCCUCAGUGUGUACUCCUCCCCUGCAGCUGUCGCCUUCUCUUGAUCAAAUAGCACCUACUCCACCUCUGCUGCUUCCUGCCUUGCACCAUCCAGCAGCUUCUCCACCACUGUACUCUUGCUACUCAGAGGGCCAAUGGCAGCGAUGCUACUCAGAGGGCCAAUGGCAGCGACAGGAUGCUGUGACUGUUUUAAUAUUGACACAACAAACCACCGGAUCAUCAAAGGCCCAAAGCAAGCCCAGUUUGGGUACACUGUUCAGCAACAUGUGGCGUCGGGAGGAGAAAAAUGGUUAUUGGUUGGGGCACCAUAUGAAAUGAACGGCGCAUACCAGACAGGGGACGUAUAUAAAUGUUCACUGACCAAACGAACCAAUGGAAAUGGUUGCACAAAGCUGAACCUAGGAAGGAUAUCUUUGACCAAUGUAUCUGAGCGUAAAGACAAGAUGAGAUUGGGAAUGACACUGACAACCAAUCCUAAAGACAACAGUUUUGUGGCCUGUGGCCCACUUUGGUCCUAUGAGUGUGGCAGCUCAUACUACAGCACUGGUAUAUGUUCCAGAGUCAACGCGAGCUUCAAGUUCUCCAGAACAAUUGCACCAGCUUUUCAGAGAUGUGAGACCUAUAUGGACAUAGUGAUCGUUCUGGAUGGCUCAAACUCCAUCUACCCUUGGUAUGAAGUCCAAGCUUUUCUCAUCAACAUACUUCAGAAGUUCUAUAUUGGACCAGGUCAAAUUCAGGUUGGAGUUGUACAGUAUGGUGAGAAAGUCGUGCACGAGUUCAAACUCAAUGAUUUUAAAUCUGUUGAGGAAGUUGUAAAGAGAGCCCGCAGUAUCGAUCAGCGGGGCGGAGAAGAGACUAACACGGCUCUUGGCAUCAACACUGCACGAUCUGAAGCUUUCAAACAAGGAGGUCGACGUGGGGCCAAGAAAGUGAUGAUCGUGAUAACUGACGGAGAAUCGCAUGAUAGUGCUGACCUCCAACCAGCCAUAGAAGAAAGUGAGAAGGAUGGGAUCACCCGCUACGCCAUUGCCGUUCUUGGCUACUACAACAGGAGAAGAAUUAACCCUGAGGCGUUCCUAAAUGAGAUUAAAUACAUUGCUAGCGACCCAGACGACAAACACUUUUUUAAUGUGACAGAUGAGUCGGCGCUGAAGGACAUUGUGGAUGCUCUUGGCGAACGUAUUUUCAGUUUAGAAGGAACCAGUAAAAAUGGAACAGCGUUUGGUCUCCAGAUGUCUCAAGCUGGAUUCUCAGCUCACAAUGUCGAGGAUGGAACUCUGGUGGGUGCUGUCGGCGCUUAUGAUUGGAAUGGGGCAGUGCUUAAAGAAACACGGCAAGGGAAAGUGGUCCCUCCAAAAACCUCCUACAUGCAGGAGUUUCCAGAAAAGCUCAAAAACCAUGGUGCCUACUUGGGUUAUACAGUGACAUCAGUGGUAUCAGCCAAAAACGGGCGUCUACUUGUUGCUGGAGCACCACGCUUUAACCAUACUGGCAAAGUGAUCAUUUUCACUUUGAAGACCCCUGGAAAUCUCACUAUCCUCCAUUCCCUCAAAGGCCAGCAGAUUGGCUCCUAUUAUGGCAGUGAGAUUGCACCACUUGAUAUUGAUGGAGAUGGUGUUACUGAUAACCUUUUGGUGGCGGCACCAAUGUUCUUCAGUGGAGGCAUGGAGAAAGGGAAAGUAUACAUCUACAGAGUGACAGAGCUGAAUCGUUUCAUUUUUGAGGGUGCAUUAGAGAUCCUUAACGGAGGCCAGAAUGCCCGCUUUGGUUCCUCACUUGCACCUGUCCCUGAUUUAAAUGGUGAUGGCUUCAAUGACCUGGUAGUAGGGGCUCCAUUGGAAGAUGAUCACAAAGGGGCUAUCUAUGUUUUCUUCAGUCAGCAGAACAGAAUACUGCGCAAAUACAAGCAGAGGAUAGCAGCAGCAGACUUGGCAAUUGGCCUACAGUACUUUGGCCGCAGUAUCCACGGAAUGAUGGAUAUGAAUGAUGAUGGUUUAGUGGACCUGGCAGUAGGAUCCCUUGGUGCGGCUGUUCUCCUCUGGUCAAAGAGUGUUGUCCGCAUUUAUACCAGUGUCAGGUUUGAGCCCAGUAAGAUAAACAUCUUUGUGAAAGACUGUCAGAGGGGUGGCAAAGACGUGACCUGCAUGUCAGCCAUUGUUUGCUUCAACAUCACAGCUAGGACAGCCAUUUCUGCCACAGAGGAAAUUGGGAUUAAAUAUAAUGUCUCUAUUGUGGAGCGACGUUUCAAUCCUCGAGCCAUACUGGACAACCCGAGCAAGUCCCAGCCUCAAAACCUUACCCUUCGUCCUGGCGAUGAAAUCUGUGAACACAUUUACUUCCAUGUCAUGGAGACGACUGACUAUGCGAGGCCCAUCGUGUUUGCUGUACAAGUCGGACUGCAAGAUUCAGACAGUGGACCAGUUCUAGAUGAAAGCUGGCCAACUUUGUCAAGAACUGAGUUGCCUUUCUGGAACGGCUGUGAUGAGGAUGACCGGUGUAUGCCAGACCUAUCAUUGCAUAGUAUGACAGACCUGAUGACACAAAAGCAGUUCUGUUUACAGGCAGUUCAGUCUCGGGGUGCUUUCUGCCGUCAUCUACAUGAAGGUGGUUCGGAGGGAUCGCUUCGGGUUCUUGAAGCAAACAGGAGAAGGCUGGUUGUUGAUGUCCGACUAGAGAACAAAGGAGAAAAUGCUUAUAAUGCUCGCCUUAAUAUCAGCUACUCCCCAAAUCUGCGUUUCUCAAGCCUCAUAUUGAAGGACAACGCCGAUAUCAAAAUUGAUUGUUACCUUGAGGACAAGCUGAAAUAUGAGAAAAUCUGCAAUGUCAGUGCUCCAUUUAUGAAGUCCAAAGCACAGGUAUUAUUCCGUUUGGAGUUUGAGUUCAGUCGCAGUGUAUUUCUAGAUCAUCUCAGAGUCAUCUUGGAGGCAAGCAGUAAUGGCGAAGAAAUGAGUACAGCUGAUAACUUUAAUGAUAUAUAUUACUCACUGCAAUAUGAAGCAGAUCUUCUCUUCACAAGGGAUUCAAAUCCAACCCGAUAUGAGAUCAAAUCAGAGUUAUCCCUGGAAGAGCCUGGAGUAAUUGGUCCUCCUUUUAACUUCACUUUUCAGAUCCAGAAUCUUGGAUACUUCCCUGUGAAAGAUCUACAGUUGAACAUUGAGGUUCCAGAACUGACAAAAAAUGGCAACCAGCUACUGCAAAUAUCUCAUUUGCACAUUGACCAGAGAGAUGGGACUCACUGUGUACCACCCCAGCAUGUGGCACAGAGCAGAGCAUCACCUGAGGACCUUAGCCGCUUCUCUCGCUUGAAUCGAUCCAACACCCUGAUUCUGCCAAUCCAGUGCACAGUCAACGUAGCCUCCUACAGGGAAAUCUCAGUUAGAAUUACAGGAGCUCUACGAGUACAUACUUUACAUGCACUUAAGUUUAAAAUUCUCGAACUGGUGACCAGUGCAUCAGUGGAGCUGCCUACCAACAGUCCUAUGUUCCUACAUGAGGAGAGACCUGUCAGACAAAUAAUACUGGAAGUGAGAAAAGAGGGAGAUUACAGAAUCCCAACCUGGAUAAUCCUCGGGAGUACAUUGGGAGGACUCCUACUGCUAGCUCUGCUCAGUUUGGCUCUCUGGAAGUUGGGCUUCUUCCAGAGGCAGAAACGGAGAGAUGAAGACGAGCGGGAAAUGAAUGGAAAAGUGGCUGAGGAACGGUAACGCAAGCUAUGUGCCCCCAGCAGAUACAUUUCCCAAAGGGGAGCUGACACUCAGGGACCACCCAUCCUUCCUCUCUUCCUCCAACAACCACGGUGGCGCCACCCAGACAGCUCAGUGUGAUCACUGAGGCAAGGCACUUUGAGCGCAUCGGCUCUGUCCCACGCCACAAGUCUGCACUGCCACACUCAGUUAGUUUGACUGCACUGUUCCGACAUAAGGGCCCUGUUCGUCCGUAUUUUCCACUGUCCUCUGUGUCAAUGCUUCACAGGUUUUGGGGCUCUUGUUUCUUUGGACUUUUCUUUAGUCAUGUCUAAGGAACAAUUGAGAAAGUGUUGAUUUGUUUUUUUGGGGAGGAAAUUCCUUGCAAAUCUCUUUUCUUAUUUUUAAAAUAUUUAUUUAACUCUUAUAUUAAAUGUAUAAUACAUGAAAAACCUCAAGGGUAGCCUGCAACCCGGAAAGCUGCCACAUAGGUAAAGAUAUAUUGCUGUAUGUAGAAUUUGAUAUUUAAAAGUGGCAGUUGACUUCCAUUUUGAUGUAAAAUGAUAUCAAAUUAUACCAGUCACCAAAAACUUGUUGAAAAAGAAGUUGAAAGAAAAAAAUAUUGAUUUUGCUGUAAAGAAACCUCUAUUUUAUCUGAAAUGUCUGUUUUUCCCCAUUUUUCCUUGAAAACAUGCAGGAUUGUCUUGUGAUAUUUGAUGCACUUUUACUUUGUACAAAUUUAACUUGAAUUUGUAAAUAGAUGUGUACUUUUAUACCCUUUCAAAUAUUAUAAAAUGUAAUUAUUCUCCACAUGGCAUUACAGGUGAAAAGAAAAAAGAAUGGAAAAGAAAAUAAUGUGAUUUUUUCACGUGGUUGUGCACCUUUUCCCAUCCCUUACAUUAAGAAAAAAAAACUGCGGCAUUGUUUUCUUCUGGAUGAAAAAAUGUUGUAGGAUGAUAAUAUGGAUUAAGACAAUGUGCAACAAUCGCUUUUAAUAUUUCUAAUGAAUGUCGCUCUGUCCUGUUGGAUGGAGUGUAAAGAGCUGUAAUAUGUACAUAAAAAAUGU